UUGUAUGCUAUUUUCUACCUUGUUUUCUACGUUUUGUGUUUAUGUCUGAAGUGUUUCUAACUAAUUUCGGUGAUUAUCGAUUGCUCAGGACCACCUUGUGUAGUUGUGAUCCGGUUUACUACAAAUGAAUCAUUUCGGUUCAAGGAUAGGGUUGAACGAUGGCGGCGAAUAAACUGACAAAACAGAGUGAGCGAGUGGCUUUCGCCAAAGAUCUGUCAUUUCCAAAAUACAAGAGUACGGAGAGUUUGAGCUAUGGAUCAGUCGACCAUACAGUAGAGCCUGUGGAGGCACAUGAAGAUGCACAUACUUCGUUUGAACCAACACAAGAGGAAAACAAGCUGCUGCCUUCAGGGUGCUCUAUCCGUUACAGUUUGCCUCUGGCUCGAUUUACAGUGCUAACUACCCUACUUCUUUUCGUUGACUGUAUUGUAACAGCGGUGUUGUGGUUUACAGGAGGCAGUGGUGAAUACCUCACAGACAGCGUUAUCAAUUUUUCAUUCGAAACGUCCAUAUUCGAUCUACUGCCACUGGCGAUCGUGCGUACGCUCAUUUUGGUGUCUAUCUACUGGAAGUUGGAAAGUACUUAUAUGCAGCAGUAUGAGUCUCCUCUUGACUACCAGCUGUUUCUCGUGAAGAGAGUAUUGCACGCUAGUGCUGGCGCUGUGCAGCUUGUAUUCACUGCAUACGCGUUCAUCAAAGGUGGAAUGAUACUUGCUGCAUUCGUCCGAUCUUCUAAAUCGGCCGCCAUGAGUGCAACGUUCUAUGCUGCACUGGUGUGUGCGUGUGUAUUCUCGCUCGCAGAGUUGCUCGCAUACGUUCUAAGCUUCAGAACUUACAAGAAGUUGCCAAAGAUGAGAGUACGACAUAUCUACAAUGCAGUAGGUGUUGAAGUUGAUGUGGAUGGUACGCCAAAGAAAAGGGAGGCAUCCCUUGUCAGGAUAGCUGUUUUAGCAAAGCCAGAGUUUCCAUUAUUAUCUGUUGGAUUGUUUGCUUUGCUGUUCUCAUCUGGCUCCCAGAUAGUCGCGCCGCUAUUUUUUGGACUAGUGAUUGAUGCUGCUCAGACGUCUAUUGCAAAGUUGAACAGGGUAGUGGUGAUCAUGCUGCUGAUCUACGGUGUUGGAGCAUUGGCGUCGAUGAUUCGAGCGUGGAUGUUUGAGCUUGCUGGACAACGCUUUGUUGCUAGGCUACGCAAAGAUGUAUUCACAGCCAUAAUAAAACAAGAAAUUGGCUUCUUUGAUGAGACUAGGACAGGAGAACUAACGAACAGGCUUGCCUCGGAUACACAAGUUGUGCAGAAUGCUGUGACAGUGAACAUUUCAAUGUUGGUACGCUAUACGUUCCAAAUCAUUGGCUCCCUUGUGCUCAUGUUCCUUCUCAGUGCAAAGCUUACUGCAGUACUGCUAGCAGUCGUACCUGCUAUUGCUGUUGGUGCUGUCCAGUAUGGCAAGUUUUUAAAGUCGCUUCGGAAGAAGUUUCAGGACGAACUGGCUGAUGCAAACACCACAGCUGAGGAAUCCAUGUCGAACAUACGCACCGUGCGAAGCUUCUGUGGGGAGAGGAAGGCCGUAAGAGAAUAUGGGGAGAAAAUUGGCAAGAGCUUCUCCUUGGGUAGAAGAAUUGCAGUGCUGCAAGGUGUCUUUCAAGGGGGCGUAAAUGUGAUGGCAUUUGGUGCCAUCACUUGUGUGCUGUGGUAUGGAGGCAACCUGCUUUAUGCUAACACUCAAGAUUCCUCAGAAGGCAUCACAGCUGGAGUCCUCACUUCUUUCCUUCUCUUCACAUUGAAUGUGGCUAUGGGUUUUGCAUUUGUCUCUGCACUCUAUGGGGAGUUUAUGCAGGCUGUGGGCGCAUCCAUCCGUCUAUUUGAGCUACUAGACAGAGAACCUAAGGUCAAUAAUCAGGGCCUGUGCAGACUGGAAGAGCUGAGGGCAGAGGUUGCCUUUGACGAUGUUCACUUCACUUACCCGGCUCGUCCGGGCAGUGAAGUCUUGAAGGGGGUGUCGUUUAAGGUUGACAUAGGUAGUAUGGUGGCACUUGUGGGGCCAUCUGGUGGAGGAAAAUCGACCAUCGUGAGUUUAAUAGAGCGAUUCUAUGACACAAACCAAGGAAAUAUAAUAUUAGGUGGGAGUAAUAUCACAACCUUAGACAGUGAUUGGUUCAGGCACAAAAUCGCAAUUGUUAGUCAGGAGCCAGUAUUGUUUUCUUGCUCAAUUAGAGACAACAUUACGUAUGGCAAGGAAGCUAGCAUCGAUGAGGUAAUAGAGGUAGCUAAGCAGGCGAAUGCUCAUGAUUUCAUCAUGUCGUUCGAAGAUCGCUACGAUACGCUCGUGGGCGAGAGAGGGUUGAGACUUUCUGGCGGCCAGAAACAGAGAAUAGCCAUUGCUCGAGCGCUGAUAAUAAAUCCCCAGAUUCUGCUGUUAGAUGAGGCUACCAGUGCGCUGGAUUCAGAGAGUGAGUACUUGGUGCAGGAGGCCAUAGAUAGAGCUAUGGAUGGUAGGACAGUCCUCGUUAUUGCACAUCGGCUAUCUACCGUCAAGACUGCUGCUCUGGUGAUUGUCAUUGACAAGGGAAUCAUAGUAGAACAGGGAACUCAUGAGGACCUUCUGGCCAGGAAUGGAGUUUACCGAAAACUUGUGUUGAGACAAUUAACUUCAGAAAAUGCUUCUUUGACAUCUGAACCACAGGUCGAUGAAGAUAAUGGCAAAAAAUGAGUUCUUCAACCCAAAGUCUAAAGAUUGUGAGAUAACAUUGAACACCAGUGAUAAUAAUCAGCUAUCAAAUGAUGUAUUAUGAUUCAUCUGAAGUCGUAAGAUGUAUUUAAUUUGUUCUUUUCCUCUAAAGUCUAAAGUAUAAUAUAUUUAUGCCAUUACUAGUGAUUUUUUGUGUUGACCAGACGUGAUGCGGCCAUGAUGCCGAGGCGCGCCGAGGAUUGACACUUUGUGUCUUCCAAUCACAGCG